GCUACUUGGCACGACAUACCAACCAAUGAGAAGGAUGAACUGGUUGCUCGUGUUCAGGCUGAUUUCAUCCUAGACUGGACAAAGAAAAAUCAUCGACUAACGGUAAUGAAGACAUUUCGGAAGAGAUUCAAUGCAAUACGAUAUGAGCUGCAUAAGAUUUACAAGACAUUCGAGAAUGCCGAAGAAGCACUGGCGAAUAGGCCAUCGUGGGUGAACCCAAAUGUUUGGGUGAAGUUAUGUGGGAGAUGGUCAAGCGAGGAGUUUAAGAGGCUAUCAGAGCGGAAUAAAUGUAAUAGGGAGAAGCAAAAAAUGAAUCAUACUGCUGGAAGAACCUCAUUUGUGCGCCUAAUGGAACUAAGGUCUAAUACUGAUAGUCAUUUAGUUGAUUUCUUUAAAGGCGUGCGGUGGUCAAAGAAAAAGGGAAAAUUUGUUACUCCCUUGACUGAAGAGAAUUACAAUGAGAUGGCCAGAAAGUUGGCUGAGCUAGAGCCUGAGAAGCGCACUAAAGAGGCUGCAGCAACAAUAUUCAAAGAGGUUUUGAGCCACAGGUCAGGGUAUGCGAGGGGGUUAGGAGAGAUGGUUAUUCCCGACUCAUCUAGAGACUGCAAUGAUGAAGUUAUUACAAAACUCACAGCAGCUACAGUAAGGCAUCAGGAAGAUGCAGCAAGGCAUGAGAAAGAUGCUCAAUAUUACAAGAGCCAAUUAGAUGAACUAAGGGGGGACGUAAGGAUACUCUUGGAGCAGCAACGCGAAUAUGAUAAGUUGAUGACUACAUUAAUGUCUUAAAGGCAGUCUCAAGGAGAGUCUCAUAGAGAGACUCAAGGAGCUGCAUAACCUCUUGUCAAGAACCACAAGAGCCCAUUUUUUGAAUAUUUUGGCAUCAAAAAGUGAUCAGGGCGAUGACAAGCCUUCCACUAUUGUCUAACCUUUUGUUCAUAUGUGAUUUUUGUGGGGCUAGGUGCAACUUUUGGGAAAACUGUCAAGUUGAAGCUAUGUAACUUCAAAGAUAGUUGAUGUGCAAUGGCAAUGUUAUAAGUCAAAGAUGGUAUGCUCUAUAUAGGUAUCAUAUCCCUUUUUCUCAUGGUGGCAUAACUUCUAAAUCCAGAUAUUGCAGCAAGUAAGUGGUAGGGAACCUGGAAACGUUAGGCCUUAUAGCAUCUGGAAUGUUUAUUGGUGGCCACUGCGAGAAGUAUUUCUCAUCCUUUUUUGGAAAGAAUAUAGGAAAUCCCUUUAGUUGAUCCUGUUACUUCAAUCAUCCUGAAAAUGGAUAAAGAAAGCACCCAUUGUUAACUAUCAAGGUGAGUCUUAAUAUUUCUUUGCAAAUCAAUUUUGGGCUUUGAAGCCAAAGAGUAGAGCAUGUUUU